AAAUUACCUUAAGAUACGGCUUAAGGAACGCCGAUGGCUGCCCUGGCAGCAAAAAAGCACGCAGUCCCAUUUGUGGUUCUAGCCGGUAGUCCCAAGCUAUGUCCACUGUAUCCUCACAAUCCGGAGGUAUUACUAAACGAGCUGAGAUCUCCUUCUGAACUGCUGGAUUUUGGUGAAUUCUCUGAUUGCCUGGAUUUUGGAGCGGGUUCCGGGUCUCCCCUUCUUCAAGUUGUCAACCCUACAUUCGAUUACGUCCCACCAAACCUUGUUAGUCUAUUCAUAACCGAUACGGGAGGACACAACCCAUCUUACAUGUACCGUCUUAUUGCCGACUACUACUCUGCUGAUGAUUUGGUGAUGUAGAGAGCAACUAAGGAUUCGUUUUUUUUGGGGGUUAUUUUGACCAUACAAGCUCACUUGGUCGGUCAAUUCACGUUUGGAGGAUAUAUGUACAUUGCGCAAAGCGGAUGCUCAAUGCUUGUAGAAGAAUACAGAAGAGAACAUCUUCUCUGC